AUGUUUCCUCGGCUUCUUCUUGCCUUGGGUGGAGUCUCUGCCGCUUAUGCUCAAACAACUGCCGACUCGCCCUUCUUGGACCAGUUUCUUAUCCUGAGCGACUAUACUGUCUCUACUGUUGAAAGCGAUGCCACACACACGACGUACAAUGUAAAGUGUGAUAGCGAGGCCACCCUUUGCUCGCUUCCUGCUACUGGUGUGGCUGUUGUCACAGGCCCAUCAUAUGUUGGACUAUCAUAUACUGAACCCUCGGAGACAUUCACUUCCUCAGUUGGGUGCAACUAUGUGGAUGCUCGAGCUUCAGCAGUUUGUGUUACUCUAUUAGCUGCUCCAGGCGUUGGUGUCCAGAGCGGUUCUCCUGUGACAACUAUGACUACUGUGACGUCUACAGUCACCCUGCCCGCCGCUUCUGUUGAACUGGGUUUCAACACGGGUGUUGCUGGGGCCGUGACUGCCACGACAACAACAAGUACCCGGAAUACUACGGCCCUUGCUUCCUCAACUGGAACUCCUUCUCUUGUCGAGACUGCGACAAAAACUGGUGCUGCGAAUGAGGCAUUCAAGUAUGGUAACCCGGGACUGGUAGUAGGUGCUGCGAUGGCUGGCCUAGCAUUGCUAUGA